CCAUCCUCCCCACUCCAGUCCCAACCUCGACCGCCAAGUGAAGCAAGGAGCCGAGAAACCAGCGGUAGCAAGUAGUUGCAAACGCACGCGUCGAUCGACCCAUGGCGCCUAAGAGCUCCACGUCGCCGGUAGGGGGCAGCAGCAGCGGUGGCUGUGGCGAGCGCGCGGCGGCGGAGCAGCCGAGGCUGCGCGGCGUGCGGAAGCGGCCGUGGGGCCGGUACGCGGCGGAGAUCAGGGACCCAGUGCGGAAGGCGCGCGUGUGGCUCGGCACCUUCGACACGCCCGAGCAGGCCGCGCGGGCCUACGAUGCCGCCGCGCGCAAGCUCCGUGGGCCCGGCGCCACCACCAACUACCCCGCCUCGGCGCCGCCGGUGCCCGAGGUGGCGGCUCCGGCCUUGAGAGCGAGCGGCAUCACCGUGGUGUCGGAGUCUUCGUCGUCCUCCUCCCGGGACGACCCGUUGGCGGUGACGGUAGCGGUCGCGGCGCCCCCGUCGCUGGACCUGAAGCUGGGGCUGCUGGCCAUGGUGGCCGCGCAGCCGUACAUGUUCUUGGACCCGACGACGGUGGCCUUGGCGCCGGCGCUGGUGCAAUACUUGCUGCCGAAGAGCGAGGAAGAGCGGAGCGACUUGGGUUCGUCGUCGUCGUCGUCGGUGGUGGACGCAGCGCCGGCGGUGGGACUGGGGCUCGACCUCAACCUGCCUCCGCCGACCGAGAUGGCGAUGUAGCGACGGGUCUGGCCAAGCCGCCGCCCAAUAGAUCAACGAAUUGGUUGAUCAGUUGUUAGCUCAUCAGGUGUCAUCAGCCAGCCCCGUGUUACAUGUAAAUAGGCAGAUGUCAGUUCCUGUUUGUGAAGCUAGCUAGGUCUCCCUUUUUUCUUCUUUGCACUGUGGCUGAUUUGCAACUUAAUCGCAAUGCAAGAACGAGGCAAAACAUCAGCCCCAGAUUCUCUCUCA